CAUUAUCUCUUUCUGCUUUUCCGCUCUGUUUUCUCUCUGGGUGCGACCUUGAGCGGUUUGAUGGCGAUGGCCGUGAAUGGGAGGGAUGUCAAGCAGGCGUUCCUCAACAUCUACUUGCGCCUCAAGGACGAUCUCCUUUCUGACCCAGCCUUCGACUACACCGAUGAUGCCCGGGCUUGGAUCGAGCGGAUGUUGGACUACAAUGUACCACGGGGCAAGUUGAACCGUGGAAUCUCAGUUGUUGAUAGCUACAAGUUGCUAAAAGAAGGUAUUGAACUAGGUGAAAAUGAAUUCUUCCUCUCUUGUGCACUUGGCUGGUGCAUUGAAUGGCUUCAAGCAUAUUUUCUCGUUCUUGAUGAUAUUGUGGACGACUCUCAUACAAGGCGGGGUCAACCCUGUUGGUUCAGAGUGCCUAAGGUUGGUCUUAUCGCAACAAAUGAUGGGACCUUACUUCGAAAUCACAUUCCCAGGAUACUGAAAAGAUAUUUCAGGGAUAAGCCUUACUAUGUUGAUCUUCUUGACCUUUUUAAUGAGGUUGAGUUUCAGACGGCUUCAGGGCAGAUGCUGGAUUUGAUUACUACUCAUGAAGGAGAGCAAGAUCUUUCUAAAUACAAACUACCAGUCUAUAACCGCAUUGUCCAGUACAAAACUGCUUAUUAUUCAUUUUAUCUCCCUGUUGCAUGUGCUUUGCUGAUGUCUGGUGAAAAUUUGGACAACUUUGUUGGUGUGAAAAACAUUCUUGUUGAAAUGGGCACAUACUUUCAAGUGCAGGAUGAUUACCUUGAUUGCUUUGGUGAUCCUGAGGUGAUUGGUAAGAUUGGGACAGACAUUGAAGAUUUCAAGUGCUCUUGGCUGGUUGUGCAAGCCAUUGAGCGUGCCAAUGAAGAUCAGAUGAAAAUAUUACAUGAGAACUAUGGGAAAAAAGAUGCAGCUUGUGUAGCUAAAGUUAAAGCUCUAUACAAAGAGCUCAAUCUUCAGACUGUAUUUUCUGAGUAUGAGUCCAAGAGCUACGAAAAGCUCAUUUUAAACAUCGAAGCAGAGCCGAGCAAAGCGGUGCAGGAGGUCCUGAAGUCCUUCUUGCACAAGAUCUACAAAAGGCAGAAAUAGAAGCAUGGGAAUCAUGCGGCCUCAUGUUUCCACCCUCCAGUUAUCCCAUUGUUCUCCUGUCCCAAGUUCUGUCUUUGUACUGUAUUACUCUUUGUCUAUCCAUGAAGCAAUGUCCUUUCUGCUCCUAAUGAAUUGAGGUUUGCUUGCUUCUCUGUGCCCAAUCUUCAGAAUGGAAUUUUGCAGACUUGCUGCUUUUGAUGGAUGAACUUGGAACUACAUCUUUUCCUUCAAGUUUUAGCCAUGUUAUUCAUUA